UGAGCGAAUUAAGUAAAUAAUUUAUAUUCUAAACUUAAAAAAAAUAGUAAUCAUUGAUACAAAAAUUAUAAAAAUGCAAGAUUUCGAAGCCAAACGGAGUGCUCUAUUCGCAUGUCUUGAUAAUGCAAGUAAAGAAUUAUCUGGAACAGCUUUAGAUCAAAGUCAGUCUGCAAACCCUACAUUGGAUCUGGUCUAUCGCCGCUGCACACCAAAAAAGAACAGGAACCUAAUGUCUCCUGAUAAAAGUCUAUCACGAAUGCGGGGAAAGGAAAGCAUAUUUAAGAAACCUGAGAUGCCGUUAUCAAAAUGCUUGAAACCACGCAAAGUACCAGAUUUUAAGGUCAAUCCACAAAAAUGGACAAAGUACUCGCUGGCAGAUGUGGAUAUUUCAGAUCAUACCAAUACAGCCGCAGCAUUCCAGUUCUUAAAACAAAUGGAUGAACAACUUGAAGCACGAGAACGACAAGACGGCACCUCCCUCGAAACGAAUGCCAAAAUUGAAUUCAAGAAAUCUAGCAAAAUAAGAAAGCAGAUGAGAGAUAAGGAAGAAGACGAAGUUAAAGAUGCUGAGGUUGACAAACCAAGACUUAAAGGGUCAAGAGUAGUUAUGCCGGAAUAUGUUGUAGGGCAACAAAGAGAUACAAAGAAGAAAAAGCAAGUAAAGUCCGUGGAAAAUCAAACCCGUGCGGCAGGUACUUUAAGGCUCGAUCACUUGCAAGAAGAUGAUGAAGAUACUGAGGAGGGCUAAAUUAUAACCCAAAUUAUAGCUUGAAGAACCAGUUUAUGUUGAGUUAUCAUCAUAGUUUAUACUAUAUUAGAAAUAGUAAAAUAAAAUACAUGUGAAACAUA